AUUACAAAGUCGAAAGUGCCUGUUAUCAUCCCCUGGAUUUCGACAAAUAGUUCCCUGAACCAGAACGUUCCAUGUGAAAGAUGGCUGGGCAUUCAAUCUUGCUGGCUGCUGUCUCAGUCCUGUCGGCCUGUCAACAAAGUUAUUUUGCUUUGCAUGUAGGAAAGGCAAGAUUAAAAUACAAAGUCACACCCCCAGCGGUCUCUGGGUCACCAGAGUUUGAAAGAAUAUUUCGUGCACAACAAAACUGUGUGGAGUUUUACCCCAUAUUUCUGAUUACAUUGUGGAUGGCUGGAUGGUAUUUCAAUCAAGUUUUUGCUACUUGUCUGGGACUGGUCUAUAUAUAUGCCCGUCACCAGUAUUUCUGGGGAUAUUCAGAAGCAGCUAAAAAAAGGAUCACCGGUUUCCGGCUGAGUCUGGGGAGUCUGGCCUUGCUGACGGUCCUAGGCGCCCUGGGGAUUGCAAACAGCUUUCUGGAUGAAUACCUGGACCUCAAUGUUGCCAAGAAACUGAGACACUUCUGACGUUACCCCCUCCCUUUGCCCACAUGCUUGCAGAAGCUAUUUCCACCCUGAAGGUCGUGUGGGGUCAACUGAUCAAUUCUUAAAAAGAAAAGUCUUUGUUUUGUUUUUCCUGAAAUGGCUUUGUAGGAACAUACCCACUAGAGAAUACAUUUCCUGUUUAAGAAUUAAAGUCCGCCCUGAGGGGAUAGAGCCACAUCCUCAGUGGAAGUACACAGGCUCUGGUUCUGGAAGCCUAUGCUGAAGUCACGAUUGCUUAUGUGGGGAGAAAGCAGCCUGACCAUGUGCCGGGUUUUCUGUGGGGCCACCAUCGUCCCCUGCCUCUGAUGAUCGUCCCACGUCUGUCUUGAUGGAACGUUCCAGACAGAUGCUGAUAAGGCAGCCGUGCUCACUUUAUUGGUUGUAGGAGAGCAACAUAUGGCUGCACAUGGGGGACGUCAGGCAAACACGUAGAGUAGCCAGAGAAGAGAGUCAUCAACUAAUAGCACAAAACAAAUCUGGGUGCAAAAUUUACUUUUUAAAGAAAAAAGGAAAAAGAAAAAA